CAUUCAAGUUCGGUUACAUGCCGCGGACGCCCCGUUCGGUUGCGCGUCGCCGAUCUCGACGCGAGGAGUCGGCGCGAUCGCCGAGGUUAUCGCCGCUGGCAGCUGCACCGAUCGCACCACCGUCCAAUGGCGUUACACGUCGUACGUCAUCGCCGAAGCGGACGAGCUCGCGUGACAAGCAAACCGUGACACUUCGUCCCAAUAAGGACGGAGAUCCAUCGAUGAGGAAGGAAAAAGAAGACGUAUCGAACCCGUGGUACGGUUCACCUGCACUCGCGCGCGCCAGCUGCACCUGCACUUCCUCGCGCCUCGCACUACCUGCUGUUCGCCGCGUGCGACGUAAUUUUGAGAGCCGCGAGUCCGAAAGUUUCACGUGUCCCGAGUGUUGGACCGUGAAGAGACGAAAUAUACGGGUCGGGAAAUAUACAAUGGGUUACGCAACGAUCCUUUCGAGCGCAAUCACGAGUCGAAGGCUGGAUUUCCGAAACAGUCUCGGACCCAUGAUCAAAUUGCGAAUAUCGUUCUAA